UAAUUGAAAGUACUGUACCCUGUUUCUUUAGCUCCUACGUUUUUUUGGAAUACUUUUUAAGUUACCAAAAAUAUCGUAUUGUAAUAUAGUAUUUUGAUAAUUUAAUAAAAGGUUUUUCUUUUACAUAAACAACCAGAACCAGAAACAACUUUUUAAAAUGGCGGAUGGAGAAUAUGACAAGGAACAAUUGAGAAUCCUUAGGAACGCUUUCAAGGCUUUUGACCAUGACGGUGCAGGAUGGAUUGAGCACGCUGAUGUAUCUAGCAUUCUCGAAAUAUUAGGUCAGAAACUGGAACCACCUGCGGUAAAGGCACUUAUUAAAGAGGUAGAUAAGGGAACAACUGGUAAAUUGGAUUUUAGCCAGUUCUGCAAACUGGCAGCUCGUUUUAUUGAAGUUGAGGAAGAUGUGGGAGCACUUCAAAAUGAGUUAAAAGAGGCCUUCCGUGUAUAUGAUAAAGAGGGAAAAGGAUACCUGACUGUUGCAACACUAAGGGGCAUUCUUCACGAAUUGGACGAUAAGAUUUCUAACCAAGAUUUAGAUUCGAUCAUAGAAGAAAUUGAUGCGGAUGGGUCUGGUACGGUUGAUUUUGACGAAUUUAUGCAAGUUAUGACAGGUUAACCUCCAUUGCUUUUUCUUGACAGGCUUUUGAAGAGCUCAGAAAUGGCAACUCAUAGGCGUUUUAUCAAAAAUAUAAAAAAUGAAUAAUAGCCAUUUGUACUUAGGCAAAUAUUAUAAAUAGCAUCUUUUUAAAAUGUAUCAUCAUUAUUUAUGUCUUAUUGGUUUUAAACUUAAAUAAUUAUCGUCGUUAAUAAUUUUAAUAAAAGCCUUGUAUAAAUUAAACCAAA